AUGACUAGUGUAGGAACUUCCUCACAAAAAAAAGUUGUGACAAAAGAUGAAUGGGUUAAGAAAUUAUCGAAUGUUAAAAUCGACAAAAAUGAUCUUAAUAAACUCAUAAUGAAUUAUUUCGUAAUUGAAGGGUAUAAGGACGCAGCUGAAACAUUUAGUCAAGAGAGCGGGUUGUCACCGAGCAUUGAUGUUGAUUCCAUUCAAGAUCGUAUGAAUAUUCGGAAUGCCAUACAAAAUGGGAAUGUUGAAGAGGCAAUUGAACGUGUAAAUGAUUUAAAUCCAGAGAUAUUGGAUACAAAUCCAAAAUUAUAUUUUCAUCUCCAACAACAACGAUUGAUAGAAUAUAUCCGGGAAGGGAAAAUAGCGGAAGCUUUAGAAUUUGCUCAAGAUGAGUUGGCACCUCGUGGAGAAGAAAAUCCUGAAUUUUUGGAAGAAUUGGAACGUACAAUGGCUUUAUUGGCAUUUGAUGAUACGAACGUUUCUCCGGUUGGUGACUUACUUCAUCCUUCGCAGCGUCAACGUACAGCAAGCGAAUUAAAUUCUGCAAUCCUAAUUUCACAAAGUCAAGAAAAAGAUCCGAAAUUACCAAAUAUGAUAAAAAUGUUGGUUUGGGCUCAAGAUGAAUUGGAAGAAGAACUUUCAUUUCCAAAAGUGAAUAAUCUUAUUACCGCAGAAUUGGUUGAAGGCAACAAAACCACAGCAAAUUCGGAUAGCAAUUUUUUGUCGAAAUAA